ACUCAGUGGCGGAUGAUCAGUCGAGGAUGUGAGUCUGCGCUCAUGCUCAGCUUUCUGUGGAGGUACAGAGGAAAAACCAGGAAAGGCGCUGACGAGAAGCUCCGCAUGUCGCUCAUCUGACGGUCUGCUGAGUGAACGAGGAGCCGCGAUUCGGUGACUCCGGUUUGAUUUGUCGGUGGACAGAGGCCUGAACAUGCUGCCGGACGGUGCGUUCACGGUCCUGCUCCUCCUGGUCGGCGGGGUUUCUGCUGUACCUGUUCCACCUCCAAGAAAUGUACAUGUGAGCUGCCAAAAUGCCAAAGUCUCAGUCAGCUGGGAUUACAGCAAACAGCAACCGCACACCAUCUUCAGGAUAAACAUUAGCGGAUCUUCUGAGAACUGGGAAGUAAGCAGAACCACAGACCACCACUUUGAUCUGAGCCACUUCGUCUGGAAAUCUGAAGAGAACUACAAGGACUUCCUUUACGUCACUGUAACGGCCAUACAGGGAGACAGCCAGUCUGAAGGAGUACAAUCUAACUCAUUCUCCUUUAACUAUUUAAAGACGGUUGAUACACAAUGUUCUUUGGAUUUCCCUCCUGUGGAUGUUAAAGAGGACGAGUCGGGGGCCACAGUGAGUUUCCCAAAUCCGGUCCACUUCUACAAGGAACUGGAGCAAACUGUCAAUCCAGAUGCAGUCCCCGUAUUUCAGUACAUCGUCUCUUCAGUCAAAAAUCACACAGCAUAUAUUCGACAGUUUGAAGAAAAUUGCAUGGAGAGAGUUGACACCUGCAAACUUGAUGUGCCGUUCCCUGAUGGAGUGAAGAAGUGCGUCAGGCUGAAAGGAACGCUGUUUGAUAGCAAUUUUGUUAACCAGCUGGUGGUCAGAGAGACGGCAGAGAUCUGUGCCCAUGUUUCAGCUGAAGUCGAUGUGGUAAUGGUCACUGUUAUACUGUUCUGCGUCCUUGUCUUCAUAAUCAUUGUGGUGGUAGUUUACAUUUGUAAGUCGAAUGCCUGGACAAUGCACGUACACAAGAAAGAUCCCGAGGCUCUGCGAUUGGACCACUGGCAAGAAAAUGGGUGCUGUUACCCUGUGCACAACGAAGUCUUCAGUAAGGUCUACGUCCAGAAGUGGUCGUCGGUCAGCUCUGAGGACGACCGGGACAGCAAGGCUGGCUCUGAUCAACCCCUUUCUGACAGCUACCUCUACCCGGAUAGACGGCUUUCAGAGAGCAGCAACCAGGAGCUGGAAGAUGCAGAGAUGAUACCUGAGGGAAGUGGGACAGACAAUGACUCUGCAGAUGAUUCCGUGAAGACAGAGUGUGUUUCUCUGGGUUCAGAAGAGGACGAACAGGAAUCUGUGUCACCCUACGACAGUCCACAGGCUGUGAUGCUGGACUUGGGUGAUGGGGACAUGGUCACAGGUUACAAGGGGUAGUAAAUCAACUUUCAAAGCACUUAUUUUGGGACUGAAGUUGCUUAAGUGAUGGUUUUAUCUCAGGUGACCCAGGACUAGUUUGUAUGUUUGCACCUGAAGGCUAACUGUGGCCAGUAGAGGCUAAACCUGCACACUCAGGAGACACUUGAGUGAUGCUGUAUCCUGAUGCUCUGACUGCCCUGUCAGAUUUUAAGUAAAGCUGCAGUCUGAAACGAAAACCCUCUUUUUCUUGAUCCAAGGAGAUUUUUUAGGACCUUAGGCAGCAUUGAGGGCUACCUGCAGACAGCUUCAGAAAAAAAUUUACAUGCAACAGUAAUCUAUGCACCGUUAAGCCUUUUUGAACGACAGAAACUGGAGGAAGUCACAGAGUUGAAACAAAUUGUGGAAUAGAAUUGGAUAUUAGGAUAUUUUAUAUUUUGGUAUACUGAGGCAUUCUGGAGAAUGACAUGCCAACAGUGUGAUGUCUCCACCCACAUUUUAAGAGGCUACAGUGGUUAUGAAAGUGUCUUGUCUCAGGGAAACAAUAUGGUGAUCUUCCAGUCGCCCUUCAGUCUGUUUUCUGUCUGGUUACGGAGGCUGCUGGCUGGAUCUCUGUAAAGAUAACACCACCGUCACCCUCUGCUCCUGUGGCAUUUUAUCAGAUGCAACAAAGAAUGGCUGCUUCAAAAUACCAAAGCGAGACUGUCAAGAAAACAAUCUCCAGAAGAAGGAUACAUCAAACACACUUUUAGUUGAAGAAUCUGCUCAGUGCCUUGUUUACGUCUUCUCCAGCAUUUAUACUUUUAUAAUUCAAAAAGACAGAUCACCCAAAUGAUGCACAUGAAUGUUUUUUGCUUGCAUUAAGUGGUAGCUAUUCAUAUAGAUGGCUGGUGUCGUAUUUGCACUGGUUAAUCUGUGUCUGAGAUUUUUUUAUAUAGACUCAUCCUAAUGUGACACAAUUUUAAUUGUGGUGUUUACAGAACACUAACUAAGAUUAUUUAUUUUUAGAAAAUAGUCACAAUGGAAACGAUUUCUCGUUGGGUUGUAAGAAAUAAUCAUGGAGACAAGAUUCCAUUAAGCUCCAUCAUUCUGCAGUGUUGGCAGUAAAAUGCUGGACAAAUAAAACAAAUCUGUCUUCAUGUUUAAUAACCCCAGAAAAAUGUUAAGGGCAUUAAAGACUCUUACUAAUGGCUGUGACAUUUAAGAGUUUUGAAGGAAUGUUGGGCAGCUCAGUCAGGACUUUCCACUCUUGGGAGCAGGUGUCAGAAAUAUCUUUCUACACCUCAAAACAAUUGCAUCUGUGUUCAUCUGCUGGCGUUGGAACUUGUGACCUGCAGAACAGGUCUGCAGUAAUGUGUGGGUGUGUCAUCAGUCUGUGUUAAAGAGGAUUUGCUUUGUUGUUAACAUUACUUCAGGUUUGCUCUUUUUCUUUUUUAAUGCUAUGGGGAGUUGAAUGUCUUGUUGCCAUAUACAGUUAACUUUUUAACAUGAUCUUUUAAAAAGCACUCACAUUAAAUUUUACAAUUGUUAAUUUA